GGGGCGGGGGGGUGGGGGGGACGCGGUUCGGACACCCAGCCCCGACCCUGCCCUCUUGGCCGGCAGCCGCGCGGGGGUCCCCGGGGAGCGCCCCUCUUCCGCCAGCGGGGGCAUGCGGGUCGGGCCGCUUUGUCUGCCCCGCACCGGGGCCCCGCGCGGCGGGCGGGCGGGCGGGCGGGCGUUGGGCCCGGGCCUGGGCCAGCGGGUCGUGGGGGGGAUGCGCGCCGGGAGCGGCCGCCCCGCACCGGCGGGACUGACAGGUCGGCCGGCUGGGGUCCGGGGUCCUCCCGCGCCCCUUCGCGGGGGAAGGAAGCGCGGUCCCGGGAGGAAGGCAUGGGUUCGGUCGCCCCGCCGCCGGGUGUGCGCGGAGAGAAGGCAGCCGUCUGGCGGCUUGCGGUCCGGGCACUGGCCCCGAAGGUGAAAUUGGGCACAUAUUAGACACCGGUUUGGAAGGGUGUUCUUGAACACCACUGACAACGCCGUUCUGACAGUAUUUCAUGACAAUGGAUGGUGACAGUUCUACAACAGAUGCUUCUCAACUAGGAAUUUCUGCAGACUAUAUUGGAGGAAGUCACUAUGUUAUACAGCCUCAUGAUGAUACUGAGGACAGCAUGAAUGAUCAUGAAGACACAAAUGGUUCAAAAGAAAGUUUCAGAGAACAAGAUAUAUAUCUUCCAAUUGCAAAUGUGGCAAGGAUAAUGAAAAAUGCCAUACCUCAGACGGGAAAGAUUGCAAAAGAUGCCAAAGAAUGUGUUCAGGAAUGUGUGAGUGAGUUCAUCAGUUUUAUAACAUCGGAGGCCAGUGAAAGAUGCCAUCAAGAGAAACGGAAGACAAUCAAUGGCGAAGACAUCCUCUUUGCCAUGUCUACCUUAGGCUUUGACAGUUAUGUAGAACCUCUAAAAUUGUACCUUCAGAAAUUCAGAGAGGCAAUGAAAGGUGAGAAAGGCAUUGGUGGAGCAGUCACAACUGCAGAUGGAUUAAGUGAAGAACUAACAGAGGAGGCAUUUACUAACCAGUUACCAGCUGGUUUAAUAACUGCAGAUGGUCAACAACAAAAUGUUAUGGUUUACACAACAUCAUAUCAACAGAUUUCUGGUGUUCAACAAAUUCAGUUUUCAUGAUCUGAAGAAAUGAUGUAGUGGAGUAGGAAAAGCAAGUCUGUACGAUUCCGAAGCAGAGACAUUAGAAGGACUGGGAAAAGCUGUCUCUCUGUAUAUUAAAUAGCUGUAAUGUAGCUUCCUGAUGCUUGACUAAUUGAGGUGUUAAUUCUGACUUGAGAAUCUUUUUCAUGAAUGAUUUUAAAGAAAAAUUUGGAUUUUAAAGGUAUUAAAGUAUUUUUGUUUUGUACGAGAGUUUGUUGCUCUGUAUGACUCCUGUAUGCAUUGUAUAUUGCAAUUUAUUACUGUCAGAGAUUUGUAGACAGUUUCUUAUUUUCAUAUUGAAUCAUGUUACUUUUGUAAUUCAAGUAAGCAGCUGGGUUAAUUCAUGAUGUUUGCCCUUUUAAUAAAAUACAAGGGUAGAGUUCA